AUGGCGGUGCUGAGUCCGUGUCCUCUGCUGGUUAAUGAAACUUCAGGUGGUGUCCUCAUUGUGUUGGCCUGGAUCCUGUUUGUUCUCACUCUCUCCUAUGUGAAGGUGAUCAUCGGGGUGAUCCUGCGCGAUGAGGGCCACAGCGCCCUGGUGUGGUGUGGAGCUGUGGUGCAGCUGGGCUCUCUGCUGGGAGCUGUCACCAUGUUUCCUCUGGUCAGUGUGUACAGCUACUUCUCAUCGGGGGACCCGUGCAACACAAGAUGUCCCUGAAUGAAGAAGUCAUGAGACCACAGGCAGAUAAACCUCGACAGGUGUCACGUCUUCGUCUGAAGAUUGUUGUUUUUUAUCACGAUUUAUUUACGUUGCAAAAUCUGAAUCUUAUGUGAGAGAUUCAACUUGUUACAAGAAAAGCAAACAGACAGGGGUGAAAAAGUUAUACUGUCGCUGAAAAUACUCCACUACAAGUAAAAGUCCUGCAUUCAAAACUGUACUUCAGUGUUAUCAGCUAAAUUUACUUAAAGCAGAGAUACACAACUUACGGCCUGCGGACUAAAUCUUGUCCUCAAAGUGGUGCCAGGUGGCCCACAACCAUUCUCUAAUUCACAAUAAAAAUUAAGAGAUUCACAUUUGUACUUUUAGUACACAUAAAGUGCCAUAGUGCAUAAAACAGCAUCAAAAGGGCUUGUUCUUCAAAAAAAAUUCCAGUGUUGGAUCCCCUGCACCCACCAACAGAGGUCGCAGCUAAGCCCCAUUUGUCCUAUAAUCCUAAAAAUGUCCUGAUAUCAUGAAAAGCCUAGAAAUGUCUUGAAAUGUCAGCUAUAAAUAAAAUGUUUUAACGUUUUCUAAAAAUAGGUGAUCAUGGUUAAAGUUGUGCAUUUGUGCCAAGCAGCCCCAUCACGGGG